AUGUCUCUCAAAGUUAAUUUCGCUACACAUUCCAAAGAUUUAAAUGCUACAUACAAAGCUGUCUUGAACGGCGACCAAGAUGUUAACUGGGGUCUAUUUGGUUAUGACAAAGGAACAAACGAUUUAAAAGUGCUGGGUAGUGGAGGAGGUGGAUUAGAAGAAUUGGAAGACGAAUUUAAUGACGGUAAAAUCCAAUAUGCCUUCGUAAGAAUUAUCGAUCCCAACACGGAAUUGCCAAAACUCGUGCUCAUCGGCUGGUGUGGCGAGGGAGUUCCUGAAGUGAAAAAAGGGUUAUUUAACUCGCAUUUUAACGAAGUUUCAAACAGCUUCUUGAAGGGCUACCAUCUUCAAAUUCACGCCCGAUCCGAGACAGAUGUCGAGCCAGCCUAUAUAAUGAAGCGUAUCGAAGAAAGUGGUGGUUCAAAGUAUUCUAUUCACAAAGAGGCGCCACAAAAGCCAGAACCUAUCCUCCCUGUGAACUCUGUUUAUAAACGAGAGCAAAUACCGGAUAUUGCGGCCAUGCAGCGCGAAUCUGCGCGAAAAGCCCCAAUUAAGCCCGUGGGAACAUCAUACCAAAGGACAGAACUUCCGACGCCAAAACCUCUUGGCACACGUUCGACUUGGGCAACUGCUGAAGAGAGCAAACCUUCUCCUGUACAGAUGCGUUUACAACGAGAGCGUGAAGAACGAGAACGUGAAGAACGGGAAAGUAAAGAGAGGGAAGAGAGGGAAGAGAGGAAAAGACGUGAGCGUGAGGAGCAAGAUCGUCACAAGAGAGAAGAGCGAGAACGUUCCGAAAAAGAAGAUCGUGAACGGAGGGAGCGAGAUCGGAAAGAACGGGAGGAGCGAGAUCGGAGCGAUAGAGAAGAUCGUGAACGGAGGGAACGAGAACGGAAAGAACGGGAGGAGCGAGAGCGCCACGAAAGAGAGGAACGGGAACGUUACGAAGGGGAAGAGCGCGAAUGGAGGGAGCGAGAAGAAAGAGAAAGAAGAGAAGCAGAAGAAGAGGAAAGACGCGAGCGUGAGGAACAGGAACGUUACGAAAGAGAAGAGCACGAACAGAGAGAACGAGAGGAGCGAGAAGAACAAGAACGAAGGGAGCAAGAAGAGCGCGAGGCAGAGUUACUACAACAACAGCAAGAAGCCGAUUCGAGCCACGAUCACGCAGCUCAACCAGUGUCUGCAGUCGUUGUAUAUUCUUAUGAUGCAGGAGAAAGUAAUGAGAUGUCCCUAGUUGAAGGCGAAAUUAUUACCAAUAUCGUUCAACUGGAUGAAGGAUGGUGGCAAGGCGAAGGUGAUGAUGGCAAGAAGUCUGGACUAUUUCCAGAAGAUUCUGGCUACACGGCGGUAGCAAUAUAUUCUUACACUGCUGAUGAACCGAACGAAAUAAGCUUCGCUGAAGGUGCAGUUAUAACCAAUAUUACAUUUGAAUCUGACGAUUGGUGGCAAGGCACAGCUCCUGAUGGAAGCGUAGGGUUGUUUCCCGCCAAUUAUGUGGAGCUAUCACAAGAGUGA